AUGUCCUCUCUCCGAACCCCCGCCUCCCCCGCAAAACAGCGGUUAUCGCAAGUCCAACGGCAUUUCAGCGCCACAGCCUCGGCUAGACACGAAAUCCAAGACGCAUACAUUCUGAGUGCUUCAAGAACGCCCACCGCAAAGUUCAAUGGCUCUUUCGUCAGUGUCUCCGCCCCUCAACUCGGCGCCGUAGCCAUCAAAUCCGCCAUCGAGAAGUCCAAGAUCCCCAUCUCCAAAAUCACAGAUGUCUACAUGGGAAACGUGCUCCAAGCCUCCGUCGGCCAGUCACCCGCCCGGCAAGCAUCGAUAUUUGCGGGUUUGCCGCCCACGGUUGAAGCCAUCACCAUCAACAAGGUGUGUGCCUCGGGUCUCAAAGCCGUCGUGUUCGCCGCGCAAAACAUCCAGCUCGGCCUCGCGGAAGCUCAGGUCGCGGGAGGGAUGGAGAACAUGUCGCGAGUGCCGUAUUAUACCCCGAGGGCGAGUGGACUGCCAGCGUUUGGUAAUGUGCAGUUGGAGGAUGGGCUGAUCAAGGACGGGCUAUGGGAUGUGUACAACCAGUUCCACAUGGGCGUCUGCGCCGAGACGACAGCGAAGAAAUACGAGAUUACAAGAGAGCAGCAGGAUGAGUAUGCGGUGAGGAGCUACAAAAGAGCGGCGGAGGCAUGGAAGAAUGCCGCGUUCAAGGACGAGAUUGCACCGGUCACAGUCAAGGGCAGAAAGGGGGACACGAUUAUCGAUACCGACGAAGGCUAUCUAGACAUCAAGUUCGAUAAAGUGCCAACCCUGAAACCGGCAUUUGUCCGCGAUGGCACAGGGACUGUCACGGCCGCUAACUCCUCCACAUUCAACGACGGUGCCUCCGCCCUCGUCAUAGUCAACAAGGCUCUUGCCCAAGAAUACGGCGCCGGAUCCCGUGUCCUGGCCCGUAUCUGCGGAUCUGCCGACGCGGCCAUCGAUCCCGUCGACUUCCCCGUCGCGCCAGCGAAAGCUGUCCCCAUCGCCCUCGAGCGCGCCGGGAUCAAGAAGGAGGACGUCGCAGUGUGGGAAUUCAACGAAGCAUUCGCGGCCGUCAUCAAAGCCAACGAAAAGAUCCUGGGCCUUGAGAACGCGAACGUUAACCCCCUAGGUGGCGCCAUCUCCCUCGGCCACGCGCUCGGCAGCUCUGGAUCCCGCAUCCUGACGACACUGCUGCACCAGCUGAAGGUGGGCGAGUAUGGUGUUGCGGCAAUCUGCAACGGUGGCGGGGCAGCGACGGCAGUGGUGGUACAGCGUAUUGAGAGUGUAUGA